AUGUCAAUGAUCAGGCUUGAGGAAGAAAGGUUUGUAAAGAGGUCAAAGGAGAUAAGGAAACGCCUUGGGAAACCUCUGAUUGCCAUGCUAGGGAAGAGCCAGGAUGUCCUCGAGUUUCGGAUAAACUCGGCUCUAUUUAUCUACCUGCUUGGAUAUGAAUUUCCAGAGACCAUCUUGAUAAUUGAUGAUGCGUGUACUGUAAUAACGAGCCAAAAGAAGUCUGAAAUUCUUAGGCAGAUAAGAUGUCUGAAUGUUGUUGUGCGUAAUAAAGACAACUCAAAUAUGGAUGAGAUCUACAAGAUUCUUAAGGAUUCCUAUUACAUUGCAGGGAGUGAAGAAAUGCAAGGAGACUUUUGUAGAAAGAUCCUAGAAAGAAUCAAUGUGGAGGACAUCACUGAGGAGGUAGGAAAGAUAUUCUUGAUAAAGGAUGGUGAAGAAAUCGAGAAUUGCAGGGCAUCUGGGGUUGCUGUAUCUGCACUAAUGAAAAGAGGGAUGGAGAUGCUGUGGGAAGGAGCUUUUGAGAAAAAAAGGCUUGAAGAGAUGAUGAACUCUGAUGUGGAGGGAGUUGACAUGAGCUUGUGUGAAUUUUCAUUUCCUGUGGAAUACACAAGAGAUAGGCUCAGGAUUGGAGUGAGAUACAAUGGAUACUGUAGCGAGGUGUCCAGAACGAUUGUAACUAAUAUGGAGGAAGCGUAUAUGGCUCAAGAAUACAUUCUCGGGCUUAUUCGCCCGGGGGCUGACUCUGGGUUUGUAUAUUCUGAAACGGAGAAGUAUUUUUCGGAAAAUGGGUUGGAAUUUGAUCCGGAUUUUGUAUAUACAGUUGGGCUGAUGAGCCAGGAAAGAAGCUUCAAAAACACAUUUUGUUUGGAAAAAGGGUGUGUCUUUGUGAUUAGGCUGAGCAACGAAGUACUAUCUCUGUCGAAUACUUUUCUUCUUGAGGAGAAGCCUGAAUACUUAACAUCCCAGGAUACGGCUCUUGACUUUCUAGAUAAGAAAUCGAGGUUUAGAGACAAGACAAAGGAGUAUGAAAUGAAUAUAAGAAGGAGGGAGCAUCAAAAGGAAUUGCUUGAUAAGCUUAUUGAGGAGAGACUUGAGUUUUAUAGAAAUGUUUCUGGUGGAGGACAAGAUGAAGAGAAGAAGGAAGUUAGAAUAGUUCCGUAUACCAAGGAAGGACUUGUGCCUAGGCAAGGAAGAGUUGUUGUAGACUUUUCAAAAGAAUCGGUUGUUAUACCCAUUGGGAGUUAUGCCGUUCCAUUCCACAUUUCUAACAUCAAGAGUGUUGCUGUUACUGAUGAGAAGAUUCUCCGAAUCAAUUUCAAGGCCGAGACUAAGGGAAAGGAAGAAGGACAGGAUACGGAAUGUGAGCAAGGAGAGAAUCUUUUGAGUACGAUCAAGUCAAUAAGUGUUCGUGGAAGCAACUCCAGAGAUCUGGCUGAGGAGAUAAACAAUCUAAAGAAGGUUCACUCGGCAAGAAAGACUGUAGAGGAGGUGGAAAUCUCCGAGGAGUUAAAGGUCAAUCCAAGGCCUCUCAGCCUUACAGACGUUUAUAUGAAAACAGAUAUGAAGGGUGGGUCUAGGCGCCGGAAGAUUGGUAGCUUAGAACUUCAUGAGAACGGAUUUAGAUUUAAAGAAGAGAAUGUUGUGAUUCUAUUUUCGAAUAUCAGGCACAUUUUUUUUUCUGAGGGAAACGUAGAGACAAACUGCAUUCUUCACUUUCACCUAUGGAACCCGAUUACUCUUGGAGGAAAAGUUGUAAAUGUGCAAUUUUAUCGAGAAGCUGGAAACGCGAUGGUCUAUGACACUAUGAAGAGGGGAGAUGAGCAUAUGGAAUACAUUAUCGAGAAAGAAGAAGAAGACAGGCAGAAAAUGAUAAACCAACAGUUUGGAUCGUUUGUAAGCAGCAUUGAGUCUGAAACCCAUUUCAAAGUCCAGAUUCCAAGAGCGGGGUUCUAUGGGGUCCCGUUUAGGGAGAGUGUUAUGAUCAAACAAACUCAUGAGUGUCUUGUAAGCCUUGAUGAGACACCAUACUUUGUUCUAACGUUGGAGGAUGUUGAGGUUGUUAAUUUUGAAAGAGUUGUAUUGACGGUGAAAACCGUAGAUGUACUCUUCAUCCUAAAGAACAAAUAUCCUUUGGAUGUUGUUAUGAAGAAUAAGUCCAAGCUCCUUGUGAGUAUAUUAAGUGUGGAUGUACAAAGUGUCAACAAGCUCAAGGAGUAUCUUGACUCUAACAAUGUGUUGUUUAUGGAGACUUCUGCAAGCAUUCGGUGGAACAAUGUUAUUGGAAGUAUAAUGAAAGACCCGAUUUCGUUUUAUGAAGAUGGAGCAUGGUCUGAGCUCAUGGUAGGAGAUAGUGAGGAGGGUUCUGAAGAAUCUGAAGGUGAGGUAACUGAGGAGUCAAGUACCUCCGAAACAGAAAACAUUUCUACUGAUGAAGAUGUAAGCGACAUAUCGAGUGAGGAGGAGCUGGAAGAGGACGAAAGUUACUACGACAGUUCUGAUGAUUAUGAAGAAGAUGAUAGCGAUGAGGAAAGUGAUGAGGAACCUAGGAAAAGAAGAAAGAAUUAA